GGCAGGAAAGAGAAGGUCAUGUUUGACAAGAUAACAUCUCGUAUUCAAACGUGUUAUGGUUCUUCAUCCAGACUUGUUGAUCCGGCUCAGAUAACACUAAAGGUAAUCAGUGGUUUGUAUCAAGGCGUUACCACAGUGGAGCUUGAUAACCUAGCUGCUGAAACUGCUGCUACCAUGACAACCAAACAUCCUGACUACGCUCACCUCGCUGCUAGAAUUGCUGUGUCUAACUUGCACAAAGAGACGAAGAAGGUUUUUAGCGAUGUUAUGGAUGAUCUCUACAAAUGGAUCAAUCCAAAAACAAAGAAACACUCACCAAUGAUCUCCGAAGAUAUACAUAAGAUUAUAAAGGACAACCAGGAUAGAUUGAAUUCUGCCAUCAUUUAUGACCGAGACUAUACAUACAAUUAUUUUGGGUUCAAGACACUGGAACGGUCAUACUUGCUGAAGAUAGAUAAUCAAGUUGUUGAGCGACCCCAACACAUGCUGAUGCGUGUGUCAGUUGGAAUACAUCAUGAAGACAUAGAUGCUGCUAUUGAGACAUACAAUUUGUUGUCGGAGAAAUGGUUUACUCAUGCUUCACCUACAUUAUUUAAUGCAGGCACCACAAGACCUCAACUGUCUAGUUGUUUCUUAUUGACGAUGCACUCGGACAGUAUUGAGGGUAUCUAUGACACAUUAAAACAGUGUGCACUUAUAUCUAAAUCUGCAGGAGGCAUUGGUCUUAACGUGCAUAACAUAAGAGCUCAAGGAAGUUACAUAGCUGGGACAAAUGGCACAUCAAAUGGUUUGCUGCCAAUGUUAAGAGUGUUCAACAACACAGCUAGAUAUGUGGAUCAAGGUGGUAACAAGAGGCCUGGUGCAUUAGCUAUAUACCUUGAGCCCUGGCAUGCGGAUAUCUUUACAUUCUUGGACUGUCGCAAAAAUACUGGUAAAGAGGAACAGAGAGCUCGUGAUCUGUUCUAUGCCUUGUGGAUACCAGAUCUGUUCAUGAAGCGAGUUGAAGCCAAUGGAGAUUGGACGUUAAUGUGUCCGGCUGAAUGUGCAAACCUACAAGACUGUUGGGGAGAAGAAUUUGAAAAAUUGUAUGAAAGUUAUGAAAAGGAGGGUAAAGGCAGAAAGACAGUAAAAGCUCAGCAGUUAUGGUAUGCUAUAAUUGAAGCACAGACCGAAACUGGUACACCAUACAUGCUUUUUAAGGACCAUUGUAACAGAAAAUCCAAUCAACAGAACCUGGGAACUAUUAAGUGUAGUAAUUUAUGUACAGAGAUAGUGGAAUACAGCAGUAAAGAUGAGGUGGCAGUGUGCAAUUUAGCCUCAAUAGCCCUGAACAUGUAUGUUCGACCAAACAAGACAUAUGACUUUGAAAAGUUAAAAGAAGUUACAAAAGUUAUAGUGAGGAAUCUCAACAAGAUUAUAGAUAUCAACUACUACCCUGUCCCAGAGGCUGAGAGAUCCAACAUGAGACAUCGCCCCAUAGGUAUUGGAGUGCAAGGUCUCGCAGAUGCUUUCAUUUUGAUGCGUUUCCCAUUUGAGAGCCCAGAAGCUCAACAGUUGAACAAGGACAUCUUCGAGACAAUAUACUAUGCUGCGCUGGAUGCUAGCUGUGAAUUGGCCGAGAAAUUGGGACCAUACGAGACAUACCCUGGUUCCCCUGUUAGCAAAGGAAUUUUGCAGCACGAUAUGUGGGGAGUAAAAGAUACAGACAAAUUGGAUUGGCCCGGUCUAAGAUCGAGGAUUGCCAAACAUGGUGUAAGAAACAGUUUAUUGCUUGCACCUAUGCCGACUGCUUCAACAGCUCAGAUCCUUGGUAACAAUGAAUCCAUCGAAGCAUACACAAACAAUAUUUAUACAAGAAGAGUACUUUCUGGAGAAUUUCAGAUUGUUAAUCACCACAUGUUGAAAGAUUUGACGGAGCUUGGACUGUGGAAUGAAGAUAUGAAGAACUUGAUGAUUUCUCAUGGUGGCUCUAUUCAGAAUAUAGAUGGUAUACCUGACGAAAUUAAGCAGUUGUACAAGACUGUAUGGGAGAUAUCUCAGAAAACUGUGCUGAAAAUGGCCGCUGAUCGUGGUGCAUACAUUGACCAGAGUCAAUCAUUGAAUAUCCACAUUGCAGAACCAAACUAUGGCAAAUUAACUAGCAUGCACUUCUAUGCGUGGAAACUUGGAUUGAAGACUGGUAUGUACUAUUUGAGAACUAAACCAGCCGCACAGGCCAUCCAGUUUACAGUGGAUAAGACAAAAAUAGCUCAAAUGAACAAAGCUAAAACAGAAUCUGGAGCCAAUUCUUCCGAGACAAAACAAGAAGAGAACAUGUCGGCCAUGGUGUGCUCGCUUCAGAAUAAAGACGACUGUUUGAUGUGUGGAUCUUAAAACUGUGGCUUUAUAUAAAAAAGACACCUCAGGAGUAGAUUGGAAAAUGAUCUGUUGACUUUAAAUCUCCAAACUAGUGCUUGUUUGUUUUACAUUCAGGACCUUUCUUGUUCAGGAGAGUUGUAAAACGAUAAAUGUCUGCAAAUGAAUGUGGAUGGUCUUAUUGACAAAUUUCUUGAACUGUACAUGAAUAAAAUUCAGACUGGUGUAUUACUAGCAAUGUUAGAAUGACGUCGUGUUCAAGAUAAUAUAAUGUAAAAAUGUUUUGACGCUAUAUUUAUUUGCCAUACAGUUAAGUGUAUUUAUUGAAAAUUAAAGUUUUUGGUAGACAAAAAUGAAUAAGGUAUAGUUUAAUAUAUUAUACUUCAAUUAUGAAUAAUAAAAGAAAUAUGUAUGAAAAUUAACAA